UAACGUUCAACGACGGAGAGAAAAGACGAAGACUCGCAGGUGAUAACCAUUUUCAAACAGUGUGUAACCGUUACUUUUAAUUAUCUUCAUGGAUUCACCACCUCCUCUCACAUUCUCAGCUUUUUCUCCUUCUUUACAUCUUUAGAGGGUUUUGUCAGUUUCAUCAUCCUCUCCUCCAUCACUUCCUUCUUCCUUUCCCUCUCUCUAGAUGGAUUCAUCUCCUCCUCAUCUCCCCUCUGUGUCUUCUUCUUCGUCUUCUAACAGAGAGGAAGAAGAUGUUGAUCCCCUGUUUAAUCAUCGGGAUUUAAGCCGGCCCGAUCUUACCUUGUCCGGUGGGAACGCUUCAACGGCCGGUGUUGAACAACGCGUGUCCUGCUUCGCUGUGGUUAUCAUUUUCUGGUUCUUUGUGUCGAUGGCUAUGAUUGUUGGUGUUUACGGACCAAGAAACGUCUGGAUUGGACCCAACUCUGCUCUUCUUAUUGAACCAAACACCAUUUUUGUCCAAAGCGUAAAGGUGAAAGAGUUAGAUGACUCAAAAUCUGGACUUGAGUUAUUUGGGUUCUAUACAUCUCCUCCUCUUGAUCUUGUAGUGAAUUGGUCAGAGUCCCGCUUGGCUUCUGUCUUACAUAACUCUUACAACGAAUGGCCAUACUAUCUGAACAAAGGGGCUUCGUUGAAUAUUUCAUAUAGUGUUAAACCGGAAGGCCGUUCAGCACGGCUUGUGGUCGAUGAAGGACCUGCCUCUUAUGAGUUAUUGGAGAAACAUGCAUCUCAGAACACAGCUCUCUCAUGGAAUCUGAUUCGAGGUAAUGGUACUAUUGAAGUGAAGAUAAGUAAGUCUUCAAGUUAUUAUGUUGCUGUGGCCAACUCCAACAUGAAGGACGUAGAGGUGAAACUGGAUAUUGAUGUAAGGGCUAUCUUGUAUGAUACUAAAGAAUCAUUCUACAAGUGUACCUUCAGCAACGGCGAGUGCACAUUCAAUGCAGUGUCUCUUGUUGAAAAUUCUAUCGUCUUAACUUCACCAGCACCGAGACAGGGACCAUCAGUUGAAGGAGAAGAAGAAGAAUGGUAUGUCAGAUUCUCAUAUCAACCUAGAUGGACUUCAUAUGUAGUUGGCACUGGUUUGGUGACUUGCUUCAUGCUGGUAGCUAUACAACUCUGGAAAAGGUUACAGUGUAAUGGUGGAGAGAGUUAUCAAACCGACAAUGAUUCAACGAGAACACGAUUACUUGUGAACAAAGAUGAGGAUGGUUCGUCUAAUGAGUCUUUUGCAGCAGAUGAUGCUGAUCUUGAAGACUUUACUGGUAAUGAGGGUGAAGCAAGUAAUAGCACUAGACGACUAUGUGCCAUUUGUUUUGAUGCUAAACGAGAUUGCUUUUUCCUCCCCUGUGGCCAUUGCGUCUCUUGUUAUCAGUGUGGAACAAAGAUAGCAGAAGCUGCUGGGAGUUGUCCAGUCUGUAGAAGGAAGAUGAAGAAGGUGAAGCGAAUUUAUACAGUAUAAGAUGUAGUGUUCAAGAAACUGGUAGAUGGUAAUUAUACAUUUUGUAGGAGAUUAGUGUCUGUGCGGGUUACCGCAUAGACUGAUUUUAAUCAUAUUUAGAAAACCCGUUAGGUUUAUGGUCGA